UAAGUAGUUAUCCCCCACCUUAUUCUUUCUUGAGAUCUGCAGCUACAUUGUAGCUAACAUCCAUUUUCUUUCGCGCCCCCCCUUAUCCAUUACGUCAACCCUUCUUCAAAGAUCCAAAGGGAUUGUGGAAUUCCUUUUUUAAGCAGACUGAUGCAUUCAUCAAGUUAUUUCUACAUAAUUAUCUGGUUUCUAAUUCCAUUUCUGUUUGGAUCUGAAUCAUCUAGUUUAGAUUCAUCCGCGCAAAGCUCACUUGAUUCCUUACUUCGGCAAUAUGCUUUCAGGGAAUUGACUGGGAGACGAAUCAGAUAUGGUGUUCCUUAUGACGCGUAUGUUCCUUCCAGUUUGACAGGGGUUAAAGUUUCAGCCAUGAUUCUUAAAACACGCAGCUUAAAACGGAAAGUCUGUGGCUAUUAUAAAAAUUUCUUCAUCCCAUCCGGGAUCAUAGAGGAGCCUUAUGUAAAGAAACUUGUUCUGGUUUACCAAAACUUGGCUAAUUGGUCAUCCUUUUAUUAUCCUUUGCCUGGUUACACUUAUUUGGCACCAGUUUUCGGAAUCUUGGCUUAUGAUGCACAUAAUUUGUAUGCCAAAUUUCUACGAGACUUGGAUAUACAAGCAUUGGAAGAUCCUAUUUCCAUCAAGUUCCCUUAUGUCCAGCUAGCACCGGAGGGGUCUUUCCCCAAAUGUGUUUACUUCUACUCGAAUAAUUUUGUCCAAUUUGGCCAUGUUAAGGAUGGGAAUAUUUGUGAAACAAGAAUGCAAGGCCAUUUUUCUAUAGUUGCUGAGGUGAAAGUUGCUCCAAGUCCGCCUCCUACAGCCAAUGAUACUGCCCCAAGUCCUGCUCCUAGUGCCUAUGAUACUGCCCCAAGUCCUGCUCCUAGCGCUUGUGAUACCGCCCCAAGUCCUGCUCCUAGUGCCAAUGAUACUGCCCCAAGUCCUGCUCCUAGUGCCUAUGAUACCGCCCCAAUUCCUGCUCCUAGCGCCUAUGAUACCGCGCCAAAUCCUUCUCCUAGUGCCAAUGAUACUGGACCAAGUCCUGCUCCUAACGCCUAUGAUACCGCCCCAAGUCCUGCUCCUAGUACCAAUGAUACUGCCCCAAGUCCUGCUCCUAGCGCCUAUGAUACCGCCCCAAGUCCUGCUCCUAGCGCCUAUGAUACCACCCCAAGUCCUUCUCGUAGUGCUAAUGAUACUGCCCCAAGUCCUUCUCCUACACCUGAUGAAAAUAAUCAUCAAAAGAUCAACUCUAAUACAUGGACGAUUUCAUAUGUGUUUCUAUUUUUUUCUCUCACAGGAAUGUUGUUUGUUGCUGUAAACAAGUCUGGAUUAUUAGAAAUAAGACAGAAAUUGUAUGAUUCAGCAGCAGUUGUUGUGCCCUUGUUAGAGAAAACAGAGGUGCCAUUGCCAUUGGAAGCUCCAACUAGACCGUUGCUGGAGAACGACUACGUGCUUUAAGUAGCAACACCAAUUUUUUUGUGGCUUGCAUACUUAGGUACAGCUUUCAUCAAACUUUAACAUAUCAAUAUAAUUUAAUCUGUUAUAACAAGUUAGUAUUUAUUUUAUUUAGUAGGUUACUAGAUUGCAUGAGUUAUAAGUAAUCUGUUGUUGUAGUUAGCUUAACUUGAUAGUGUAAAAAGUGUAUAUAUGGCCACUAUGUCAAACACACACAACUUAAAUUUUAUAUACAUUAGGUUGUAAAAUGGGGUGUGGGUGCAUAAUAUCUAUCGAUUCUAUAGUACAA